CUUUGCGCCUGAGAAAAUGCCAAAUCAGCUGAGCCAAAACUUUACCGGCACCGACAAACAGACUUGAGGCCCAGAACAUGACGCCUUGUUCAGGAACCGGGCCCUGCUUGUCCACGGUCUGGACUGUGCCGUAGAAAGCGAGACACGCCUUCUCAUGAUGUGUGCAAUUUAUACAGCCCGGUAAGCCUUCUCCCCCGGCUCCAGGAACGCAGUGGUCAUCCCGGAACGUUGGAUCAAUGCCUCCUUCAAGUACUCGCGUGUCCGUGGUUGAGGAUGUGGUUAUUCCUGCCCAUUUACUGGCUUCAACAACACCAUCGAAUCAUCUGUGGAACAGCUCGCAUUGUGAUCGAUCAAAGCAGGGCCCUAUUCAGCAGGCAAUUCAGACAGCCGCAUUUGAAAGGAAAUUCGGACGUCUGCGGCGCUCAGCGACUAUUAGCGGCCACCAACCCCCAAAAAUUAGAACAAUGGCGAAUACUCGACGUCUGAGCGAACCGCUGGGUGUAUCCGAGCUGAGCAGCAUCACUGAAAUCCAAUCACCAUGCUUCUCCCCGCUUCAGGUCAAUGAGCAGAUUGCCGAUGAAGGUGUUCAAUUCCCACACGAUAUCCAACCAAGGGACGGUUUGGGAGCUUCCAAUUCGGUUCCCGGAACCCGGGAUGGCGCAUGGCCUCUUCCACCACGUCCCCAAAGCUACCGAAUCUCUCGCAUCGAAACCGGAACUCGGCCCCGUACAGCGCGACAGGCAGCACGACAUAGCAUCUAUCAUAUCUACCAGAAAGCCAAAGAGCGGCGUGCCGCAUUACAACGGAAAUACUGGGCUCAGGUGUUGUUCGAAUAUGCUGUCUACCUGCUCCUGAUAGCAUUCAUCUACUUUGUCCUCGUUGGUAUUCCACUCUGGAAGGGUGCAGCCUGGUGGAUAUAUUAUGUGGUGCGCUUCAAAUUUGUGAUUCAGGGCGGUUGGGCGAUUACGAUAGGAGUUGCGUUUUUCUAUGCCUUCGAACCCUUGCUCGUCUCUUUCGAAAAGGAUCCUCCUGCAGCACCAGAGAAGCUAGAAGGCCCCAAUCUAGAACACAACCGGAAGACAGCCCAGGCCACAGCCCUACUUAUUCCCUCCCUGCGCAUCUUCCCACCCCAGAACAUUUUCGUGAUUGCCAACGGAAACGCUCCGGAGCCACUAGACAACACUGAGGAAGUUUGUCGUCCGUACGGAGUGAAUCAUCUGUGGUGUCCGGUCGGAAGCAAGAUCAUCGCCCAGUUUGUAGGCUGCUAUGCGGCCAAGCACUUUCCCAACGUGUUGCUGAUCGACGACGAUUGCGCUCUGCCGGCCAAUUUCCCGGUCGUGAGUGACCGGUUGAAAGGACGCGUACAGUGCAUCGGGUAUACUAUCAAGAGCGUCGGGCCUGGAUCAUCGCGAGGGACGUUUUGCCAGCAGGCACAGGACUUGGAGUACAAGAUCUCGGGUCUGCAGCGCGCCUUCGCGGGUGUUCUGGGCAGUGCUACAUUCCCACACGGCGCCAUCUCCUUGUGGCGCACGGACUUUCUCAAACAGACAUUCCAUGAUCAUCCCGGCUUCUCAGUGUCGGAGGACUGGUUCUUUGGGGAUAGCUGUCGCCGGCUGGGCGGGCGCAUCACCAUGUGCUCGGCGGUGUUUGUCGAGACCGAAACUCCAUCGGCGGUGUUCUUCAGCAGUGGUGGCUCUCGCGGAGGGUUUGGCGAGAUGACCAUCUUCAAACAACGCUUCAUGCGUUGGAACUUCUUCUUCGUCAACGGGAUGUACUUCAACAUGAAGUAUAUUCUGUGUAAUUGGAACCUAGGCUGGUGGGAGCUGGGAGCCAAAGUGUUCGUCUUUCAGGAGGUGUACGAAACGCUCCUCUAUCUUGUGGCGCCCUUUAUGCUGCCCAUCUCCUUCGCGGUGCGGCCGGCCUUCUGCGGGAUCAUGCUGGGCGCCACCAACGGCUUAUACUUCCUCAAUGUUGUCCUCUUCAACCUCAUUCACCUGCGCAAGAAGAAGGAGUCUGUCAGCUGGACUUGCUUACUUGUCUACUACAUGCCCUACAAGAUUGUCUUGUUUCUGAUCAAUGUGGCCAGUUGCUACUGGUCGCUGUUCAAGUAUGCCCGCUACUUUGCCAAUCGUCAUCCCAAGGUGAUCGAGGAUGACAAGGCGGUGGAGGUGGUGCUUCGUCUGGAGGAGACAAUUCGCAUGCCCUCAGAAGAGACGAAGAACCUCCCUGGGCUGGGGAGACGUUUCUCAGUCACGAAGGUACGAGCUCGGCGGCCGACGAAUGCCUCGCAGCAGCCGUCCGUCAGCAUUCGGGCGUCUGUGGUCGGUGUGGACGGUAAUUGGAUUUAAAAUGGUAGGGGUAGAGUCUUCAAUCACUGCUCGCGCUUUCACCAUCCUGUUAGAACUCUCAAUGGCAUCCAAUAUGAUGAUUGUCCAAACACCCUGUCCGAAAGACCAGUCCCUGCAGAUCCCAC